AUGGACGCCCCUGUGCUGACCGAGACACAGAUGGCCCAGCUCAAGAAAGCCUUCUCCCUGUUCGAUAAAGAUGGCGCUGGCGUCAUCAAGACCCGGGACGUGGGCACCUUGCUGCGGUCGCUGGGCCAGAACCCCACGGAGGCGGAAGUGCAGGACCUGCUGGGCCAGGUAGACCCCGACGGGCAGGGCACGGUGGCGCUCCCCGUGCUGGCGGCUGUGAUGGCCAGCCGGGGCUCGGUGGCGGUGGAGAGCAAGGAGGAGAUCCGCGAGGCCUUCCGCGUCUUCGACAAGGACGGCAGCGGCUUCGUCAGCGCGGCCGAGCUGCGCCAAGUCCUGACCACGCUGGGGGAGAAGCUCACCGACCUGGAGGUGGACGAGAUGAUCCGCGAGGCCGACAUCGACGGCAACGGCCUGCUCAACUACGAGGAGUUCGUGCAGAUGAUGAUGGCCAAGUGA